ACUUGGGACCUUGUGCUUGCGAGGCAGGCAGCGGAACCACUGAGCUAAAUCCCCUGACCCUAGCUAAGAUUUGUGACCUGAGUUCUUUCUUUCCCAGGGGAAUUUCUCUCAAGGGAAAAAGGGAUUUAGCCCUCUAAUUUUAGGGGGAAAUGGAUGAUUCUGAAAAUCUGGCCACUUUUUACAUUUUUUUUUUUUUCACCAAGCAAAAAGCCGGUCUCUCCUUGUGCAGUUGUGGCCACGUGCCAGGGGCUGGGUCCCCUCAGAUGGCACCAGCUCCUAUUGAGGCAGAGCCGCUGGCCAGUUGCUGGGGCAGGGACUCCAGAGGUCCCAUGUGGAGGAGGGGACCAGAGAUGAAUCCUUUUGUUUCUUAGGAAGUCUCCUGUGUUUUUAGGGAGAAGAGAACCAUUGAUCCUUGUUGCUAACACAGGAAGUAACCUAUCUCCCCCAAGACCCUGGUUUUUACUAUUAAGAAAUUUAAUCAAUAAUUGAUAUACACAGUCCUCAUCUGAUCCGAACUUUGGUGAGAUGGAUAGGAUGAGGAGGGGGAUUUGUGGCCAAAUGAAGCAUCUGAGCUUGCUUUCUGUUUUUUGUUUUGUUUUUGUCGGAGUUGUUGUCCUAAGUCCUUAACAUCAGUCUGAGGGCACUAUGGGAUAUUUUGUUCCCUGACCCCCUUGAUUUCCUAAUCUGUCCUGCCUGGGAGGCACAUUUUUCAUUCUGUUUGUCCCAAGUCGGGGGCUCAAUCUCCAGUGUAUGCAGAGAUAUCUUGCUGUAGGUUAUUUUUUAUUUCUCUCAAAAUCAUCUUGACUUCACCCAAAGUUGCUGGUCUCACUGGAGGCCAUCCUGAUCUCACCCAAGGUUGACCUGGGACAGGAAUAGAAUAACCCCAGCACCAAAACAAUAGUCAUUCCUGACUUUUCUUAACUUGGUUCAUGUACAAAGUUGCCUGGUCAUUGUUGCCUCCCUUUGGUCCCUCAUUGUCAAGAAAUCUUUAUUGUGUCCUCAGUGCACGGACAUGGGUUCUCAUCCCAGAGACCACUGCAACUAGGCUAUGGUAUGUAUCUCUUCUUGGUGUCAUCAGUAGGCUGGGGUCCUAGGUUGGGCAUCAAAAAUUGUUGGAAAUGAGCCCCCAGACUCAAUCUGUUGAUCCAGAUGAUAAAGCACUCAGACAUCAGGAAAUCUCACCAAGGCUUUCACUUUUGCAAAUGUGUACAAGCCUACCCCAGCAAUGAGGUAGCAGGUACACAGGAGAAAGGAGGGUUGCCCCUUUGACCCUUAAUGCAGGAGGAGCAACCGACCUCUUUCCCAUUGGCUGGUUUGGAGGUACACAAUCUAUCCCAAUUGGCUAACUCAGGCGGUGCAAGGGGAAUUUGAGGGUUUGCUAAGGAGAAGGGAGAGCAGAGCAGAGUGGGACACAGAGACCAGAAAAUCCUUGGCCCGUGAUAAGCUAUCUUUGCAUUCCCAGAGAACAGUCAAAUCCAACGCACAGGAGAUUGCCUCGGGUUUAGCUGUCCAAGUGCCAGGGACUCGAGAUGUUUACUCCCUCUGGAAGUCAGAGCAGGCCCAGCCUGGGGUGGUCUGAAGCUCACCUGUGACCCACAGAGGGGCAUGGAAUUUAGAAUUUGGAAUGGUGUGGGCAUCGGUCUUCAUAGUUAACAGUAGCCAUGCGGUUGAAGGCCGCUUCCUCCUGAGGUAGUCAUCGAGCUCAGCCACUUCCAUGUUACACAGCCGCAUCAGGCUCUCCACGGCUCAGGCUUUGCCAGUGGACCACAGGCAGCUCUCUGGCCCUCAGCACUCUAACUAGGGAAGAACCUGAGCCGCCCUCCUUCCCCAGCCUCUUGCCACAGGAAGCCCUGAUUCUGCGACCCAUCAGGGCCACCCCAGCACGGCCACUCCACCCACCUCCACAGCCUCUCCUUAGAUGCACAGCGUCACCUAGCGGCACAUGUGCUCAGGCAGCAUGGGCGAUGUCAAGAGUAACCGGGAGCUCUACCACCAGUACCUGGCCAUGGCCCCCAAGCUGCUGGCUCACAUCUCCAAGCUCCUCGCCUUCUGCCGCCAUUCGGGUAUCGCCGUGCCCAAGGGCAUCAGAAAUAUCUUCGAGUUCACCUGGGCAGAGCUCAUCGCCGACCCCAUGGUGCCCACUAAGUCCAACAUCCCAGGCUUGGAGGUCAACUUCGGAGCCCCCCUGGUGGUACAGGUGGAGUCCACCCCAGCGCCGGCCCAAAGGAAGCUGCCCCAGCCCCCAACACCCCAGUCCCCGGUGUCCACCAUCACCAGGGCAGCCGGGAACUCCGUCAUACCUGCGCGCAAGGCGCAAGGGCAGCCGAACUCCGUCAUACCUGCGCGCAAGGCGCCAGUGGGGCAGGAGACGCUGCACAGGUUUCAGCGGCAGUCGGUGCACCUGCUGACAGAGCUGCUUGCCUUGAAGAUGAGGGUCAUGGUGGAGGCCGCAUCUGGUGCUGACCCCAUGGACAUCACCCGGCGCUUUGUGGAAGCCAGCCAGCUCCUGCACCUCAGUGCCAAGAAGGUGGCCUUCGACUGUCUGAUGGGCACUGCAGGGAGGAGUGGCUACUUCGUGGAGGAGACGGGGAAAGAGUCCCCCAUAGACAUCUCGGCCAUAGGCGUGAACUCACCUUACCAACUGAUCUACCAGUCUUCCACGGCUUGCCUGAGCUUCUCCCUGUCCACAGGGAAGGAAGUCAAGAAGAAACCAGGUAAAUCAAAGUUGCUGGAAGACGUGUUCAGCAGGCCGCCUUCCCUGCGAGCGAUGGGCACCUCUUCCGACAACGCCACGGAGUUCAGUGACCCCUGCCCUGAGGCCCGAGAGAAGCUGCGGGAGAUGUGUCGCCACAUAGAAGCUGAGAAGGCCCUGUGGAAAGGGCGGAACGUCUUCUACCCCAUGGUCCUGCGCAACUACAAAGCAAAGCCCCCCUCUCAGCCAGCGUCAUCAGCCAGAGGGGACUCACAGGGCUUGAGUACCCAUGCAAGUGCCCACACCGCGGGGGCACCGGUACCCACCCCCGGCCCUCUCCAGCUCUCCAUCCGGCCGAGCCGGCACUCACAGGACUGGAAGUCCCCCAGGAAGCCCAACAAGCUGCACUACACCUUCUACGAUGGCUCCUCCUUCGUAUACUAUCCCUCUGGAAACAUUGCCGUGUGUCAGAUCCCCACAUGCUGCAGAGGGAGAGCCAUCACUUGCCUGUUUAACGACACACCUGACUACUCCUUCCUGGCCCUAUUCAAUGCUGAAGGCCAGGGCUGUGUUCACUACAACCUAAAGACAUACUGCCCCUACGUCUUGGUCUUGGAUGAGGAAGGCGGGACCACCAAUGACCACAAGGGCUAUGUGGUCCACAAGUGGAGCUGGACAUCGAAGACGGAGACUUUACUCUCCCUGGAGUACAAGGUAAAUGAGCAGCUGAAGCUCAAGGUGCUGGGGCAGGACUCCAUUGUGGUCACCUUCACAUCCUUGAAUGAGACAGUGAUGCUCACUGUGUCAGCUAGAAACUGUCCCCAUGGGAUGGCACACGAAAAGCGGGGCCCUGGGCUCCAUCUCGAGCCCCACACCGCAGAGAAGGAGGAGAACCAAGAUGUUCACGUGGCCUCGGCUGAGGGACAAGACCCGCCCCAGGUGGCCCGCAGAAUCAGCACUGAUGAGAAGGUGUCCAAGAUGAGCCGCACCCUGGCUGAGAUCAAGAAGCGGUUCCAGAAGACGGUGUCUCAGUUCAUGAACUCUGUGCUGCUGGCAGCAGGUCUCUUCACCAUCGAGUAUCCCACUGUGUGGGAGGAGGCCAAAUUUGCCCAGGCCAGGCUGAGAUCCGGUGCCACAGCCGAGCACACCCCAAAGCUGAGCUUGCAUCCCGGGGAACCCCUUCCCCACUUCCAGUUGGGCCAGUCGGACUCUGUGAUGGAGGACUCGGUGCCCGAGCAGGCUGUGUCUGCACCCACCAGCCCUGUCCGGAGGAAGACCCCCAGAGUGCAGGCCAGAGCCACGACUACCUCCAGGGAGAAGGCCCCUGAGGCACGCAGCCCCUUGCGGUGGGUGGCUGCGCCCUCUGACUGCCCACUGGUACUGCGCAAGCUGAUACGCAGGGAGGACCCACGCCCAGGCUGCAGGUGUGUGGUGAAGGUGCCACUGGUGUCCGAUCUGGAGCUGGAGCGCUUCCUGUCGGCGCCCCGCAACCCUAGCCAGGUGCUGGUGUUUGGCAUCCUCUCAAGCCAGACCCCAAUGGGAACUGCACAGCUGCAGUGGCUGCUGGACAUGCUCUAUAGACGUGGGCAGCAGGGCCGUGCCUCGCCCUGCAUCCAGUGCCAGCACGACCCAUACCGCCUGCUGCAGUAUGACCUCGACAGUCCCCUGCAGUACCACCCACCCCUGCUGGUGACCAAGUUCUCUGUGGUGCCGGGGAUGGUCCUGCAGAUGUUCGCUAGGGGGAAGCUGCUCUUCGGAGGCUGUGUUCUGAACGGGUACGGCUUGAGCAAGCAGAAUCUGCUCAAACAGAUCUUCCAAGCGAGGCAGGAUUGCAAAAUGGGCUACUUCCUACCAGACAACUACAAAUUCAGUGUCCGAGCCCCCACCCUGAUCCUGGAGGAUUUUUACACUGACAAAGCAGAAGUAUCCAGAGACCUGGAAGGCAGCUUCUCUUCAGUGUCCCUGGGGGUCGAGGAGGAGAAGGAUAGCUCUCCCCAGGCUGAGAAUGUCCACAGUGUUCCAGGCUGCCCCUAGAGCUGCAAGGUGUUCUGCGUGGUAGAGCCGGAGGGGUAGCAGGAAUCUGGCCACAUUGAAGAAAGGGGCCACAAAGAAAUGAUGCCAGCUGAUGCCCGCCACCCUGGUCUGCCAGCCCCAGUCCCCUGGAAUAAAUGAACUGCCUUCAGAGUACAGUUGAGGCCUGAGGGGCUGCGCGCCAUGGUGCUGUUCUGGGUGAGUCCUUGGAAACUGUCCCCCCAGCCAGGACUCCUGGAUGGCCAUUUGUGGGAGGCCAGAGAUUCUGUACCCCAGGAAAUGUGGGCUGUAUUCAAAAGCCAGUGGGACUGGACAAUGUCCUCCCUCACAGGGAAGGAUGGGGUCAGAUUCCAGCCAAAUGGAGACAGAAAGAGAGGGAAAAGGAGGGACAGAGAGGGAGAGAGAGACUUUGAAUCUGGGUGUUUUGAGAUUGGCUUUCACCCUCCGUCCAUUCAGAUUCACUUUCUGAAUGACACCUGCGCCCAGCAGAACACUGGGAGUGGCCUGUUGUGUUCCUGCAGUCCAUGCCUCUGCUGGGCCUGGAGUCUGUCAGGGACCAGACCAUGGGACAGUGUCAGCCACCUUUCAGCAGGGCCCAGCCUGGGAGGUGUGGAGCUUCUACUGGCCCCACACUCGAGGUACACAGAGGGCUGCAGGGGAGUGGGGACCCCACGGGUCUACGAUGCCCACAGGUGUCCUGGCCCCUCAUCUACGGCCCCUGUGCAGGAGAGACGGGAAAUGAGGACCAGGUUAAAGUCUGGCUGAGUCAGGAGAGCUGUACCCAUCUCUUGUGAGAAAACUUCUUCGAGGUCUAUUAGGGCUGGAAUAAUUCGCCCCCUCGGGUGUGUAGAG